GAAUUCUGAAAAUUUCACGCUCCCAUGGAAGAUCUUCAAAAUUCGGCUCUAAAAUUCUUCUCCGAUCAAGAGCUCUGUAAUGCCGAUAUCGUCCCUCCUGCUCAGGUUCGAGCGAGAAUUGAAGUUUCUGUCCUCAAUUUUCUCAAAAUAUUAAAUGCAUCAAACCCUGCCAUCUCAGAUUUGCCUUUGAUUCAGAGGAAAUAUAGCAAUAGUCGAGUGAAUCAUGGCCUUUUGACAGAACUUUCACGUGUUUUUCUCUCCAAUUCCAUAUCCACAAGGUCUCUGAUGAGACCUAAUGCAGCAAAGGCCUUCGUUAGGGUGUGGAAGGUGAUGGAGAUGUGCUAUCAGAUAUUGCUUCAGGAAAAGCGGGUCACGCAGAGGGAACUCUUCUACAAGUUGCUCUGUGAUUCGCCACACCUGUUUCCCUCUCAAACGCAUGUUAACAGGACAAUCCAAGAUCUAGUAGCAUUGCUUCGGUGCAGCCGAUACAGUCUUGGAAUCAUGGCUUCCAGUCGAGGACUCAUAGCUGGCCGUCUGACUUUGCAGGAACCGGGCAAAGAGGUUGUUGAUUGCUCUUUGUGUGGUUCUUCUGGAUUUGCAAUUUCUGGUGACUUGAAUUUGUUACAGAGAUUGGUUCUACAUGCAGAUGCUCGGUACAUUAUAAUAGUUGAAAAGCACGCAAUAUUUCAGCGGCUUACUGAGGAUCGGUUCUUUCAUCAAAUUCCGAGCAUUCUUAUCACUGCUAAAGGCUAUCCAGACAUGGCCACAAGAUUUCUUCUUUAUCGGAUCAAUCGAGCUUUUCCAGACUUGCCAAUUUUAGCUUUGGUGGAUUGGAAUCCAGCUGGAUUAGCCAUUCUAUGCACCUUCAAAUUUGGAAGUGUAGCAAUGGGCCUAGAGGCCUACAGAUACGCUUGCAACGUCAAGUGGUUAGGACUGCGGAGUAAUGAUCUACCUUUGGUGCCUGAUCAAUCUUUCGUUCCAUUGAAGCCAAAGGAUCUGCAAAUUGCUCGAAGCUUGAUGUCCUCAGGAAUAUUACAGGUAAGCUAUCCAGAACCCCCUCUGAAUUUUGCCCCUACUGAUAAUUACAAGGAUGAAGUGGCCGUAAUGAUUCAAAGAGGAAGGAGAGCUGAAAUCGAGGCUCUAUACUUUCAUGGAUAUGACUAUUUGGGGAAGUAUAUUGCUAAAAAAAUUGUACAAUCCGAUUACGUAUGAUUAUACUAAAUAUAUGUCUUAACUG